CGCGCCGGCUGUGAGGGCCAUGGCGGCCCCGCACGGAGAGAAGCUGGAGGGAGGCGUCCCGGCCCCGCCGCCCCCGCCGGGGCCCCCGCACCCCGCGGGCAGCGCCGCCGUCGGUGGGCCCGGCCGGAAGCAGGGGAAGGCAGGUCUGCAGAUGAAAAGCCCCGAGAAGAAGCGGCGGAAAUCCAACACGCAGGGCCCGGCAUACUCCCACCUGUCGGAGUUCGCCCCGCCGCCCACCCCUAUGGUGGAUCAUUUGGUGGCCUCCAACCCCUUCGAGGAUGACUUCGGGGCCCCCAAGGUGGGGGCUGCGGCCGCUCCUUUCCUGGGCAGCCCCGUACCGUUCGGCGGCUUCCGAAUGCAGGGCGGGGGAAUGGCGCCUCAGGUCCCCCCCGGGUACGGAGGGGGCCCGCAGCCCAUGCGGCGGCAGCCGCCCCCCUUCGCCCCCGGGCAGAUGGGUCCGGCUUUCGGCAUGCCCCCCCAGAACCCCGGCUACGUCCAGCCCGGGGGGAUGAGCUUCCCCGGGCAGCCUUUCAACCAGCCCCCCCUCGGACAGAACUUCAGCCCUCCCACGGGGCAGCUCAUGCAGGGGCCCGUCGGGGGCUUCGGGCCCAUGAUGUCCCCCACCAUGGGGCAGCCUCCCAGGGGGGACAUGGGCCCCGGCCCGGCCCUGAACCCCCCCGGCGGGCCAGCCAUGGCGCAGCGCUUCAGCCAGCCCAGCAACCUCUUUGGACAGUCCCCCAUGCAGCGCCCCGGGCAGAACAUCCCCCCCCUCCCCCCUAACGCCAGCCCUUUCCCCGGGGCAGACCCCGGCUUCCCCGCUGGCGGAGAGGAGGGGGGCAAAAACCUGAACCCCCCACCCAGCACCUUCCCCCCAGAGCAGCACUCGGGCUCCCCGGCUGCCGUUAACGGGGCGCAGCCCAGCUUUGCCCCCACCAGCACCGGCCGCGGGGGAGGCACUCCUGAAGCCAACAGCCUCCCACCCCCCAGCAAGGCAGCUGCCGGCUCGGGGCACCAACCCCCCCCUGGCCUGGUGUACCCAUGUGGGGCUUGCCGUAACGAGGUGAACGACGACCAGGAUGCCAUCCUGUGCGAGGCCUCCUGCCAGAAAUGGUUCCACCGGGAGUGCACGGGGAUGACGGAGAACGCCUACGGGCUGCUCACCACCGAGGCCUCCGCCGUCUGGGCCUGUGACUUCUGCCUGAAGACCAAGGAGAUCCAAUCUGUGUACGUCCGCGAGGGCAUGGGACAGCUGGUGGCUGCCAACGACGGCUGAUGCCCCACCGACCCCCACGUUGUACAGAACCCCGCGCUGUUUUAGGACCAAACCCCCUUUUGUAGCCGUUGGACCCGCGAGCGCAGGAUGGCACCUGGUGAUGCUCCCCACCGCUGUGGACUCUGGCUGUGCAGCACCGGGCUGGGGCUGUGGGGGUCUCCACGGUGGCCCAGCCUCCCCCGUGCCCCCAGGGUGGGCUCUGUGCGACGCCCAGGCCCGCUGUUCCCCCCUUCCCCCCCUUUCAGAUCCGGUCUCCGCCUCCCUGAGCUCGCUGCGGUUUCGCUCCCCCCCCAUCC